AUGAAGACGGUGCCCUUAACAUGGAUGUUUAGUGACCACGGUUCUAGAUUUGUUGAGAUGCUUCCCAGUACCACUGCCAAGUAUGUGAAAUCACAGCACAGACAAUUUUUAUGUGAUUAUUCCAAAGUAGUAGAAUUCAUUCACCUCUAUAAAACGAAGCUGAAAAUCACACGGUCCGAGUUUCUAUGGGCUUGGCUUGCAUGUAAUACAAGAUGCCUUUAUAUGGAAUUACCCAAUUUUUUACAUUGCAAUGUUAAGGAAAACUUUACCUUAGUUCCUUAUGUUGAUUUCUUGAAUCACACGUUGGAAGAUCAUUGUACCAUCAGCAUUAAUAGCCAGUGUUUCUCGGUAACAACAGCAAAAUCUCACUAUGGUAAAUCUGAGCAGCUCUUUUUCAGUUAUGGUGCUCAUAGCGAUAAGAUUCUUCUCUGUGACUAUGGAUUUAUGCUGCCAUACGGGCAAAAUCGAUGGAACGAUCUGGAUAUUUCCUCUAUUAUUCUUAAAUUGUUGAAGCCACAUCAGAAACUGUUUCUACAAAACGAAAACUACUAUGGUGAUUAUACAAUCACUAAGGAUUCGCUUUCAUUCAGGACAGAGAUAGCACUGGCUACACUUCAAGAGAAGGAUAAUACUUUUAUACAGUUGGGACUUUCCAAACAAUUCAAGUGUCCGGAAAGACUCAGGAAACUUAUAGAUGGCUAUAGUGACGGUAACUACUACAAAAAUAGGUCAGAACAGUUGAUGGAAAAAAUAAGGAGAAAAAUAAAGGACUACUACCAAAAACAACUAAUGGUUGCAAAACAAAUGGAUUCGUCAAUAACAACAGAUAAGGUUAUUAAAUCCAGGUUGAACACAAUCAAGGCAUGCUACCUAAAUAUUCUUCUUAUACUUAGUUGA